UAAAAAGUUGUAAAAAUUGAAAAGGAUAUAUGUGUAAAAAAAUUGAAAUUAUUUAAACUAAAAUAGUGCAUUUUGUUAAUGAAAUAAACUAAUUAAUUAAAGUCAAAGUAAUGGAUAAAUCGAGCAACGUCAGUCCAAGUGAAUACCGUGUUACCCGAUCCAGCAUGACGCCCACGCUGCGACUGCAGCAGAGUCCCAGGCGUCAACAACAACAACAACAAGCCGAACAACAACCAAUCAGAGAGCAACAACAACAAAAACAACGUAGCAAAUCGAAAUCACCAACUUCACCGCCAGGUGGCGGCAAAGUAAAGUCAACCGCUUUACAGCAACAACAGGCGGCAGUGACGUCGACGCCGACGGCAACGUCAACAGCGACGCAUCAUCAAUUUCGUGCGCCUGCACAGCAACAACAGGCAGCGAAGCACAAGAGCAACAGCAACAACAACAACAAAGCUUGGAGCAAACGUCAGCAUAAAACAAGCGGCAAAUACAACGCCAGCGCCUGCGUCGGCGCCAGCGCACAGCAGCAACAUCAUCAUCAUAAUCAUAAUCAUCAUCAGCAUCAACAUCAUCAGCAGCAGCAGCAACAACAUCAACAGCAGCAGCAGCAUUCACAUCAUGCCAAUGGCAGCGCCGUUGGCGUCGCUGCACAAGCCGCUGCCGGCGCCGGCGUCGGUUCGCUGCCACCAACCGCAGCAUCAGCGUCAGCGGCGGACAAAGCUGAUCUUGAGAAUAUCCAAAAUAUAAAGAAUCAAAUAUCUGGACACGCCCAUAGCGGUACACAUCAUGGGGGCGUUACACAUCAUAAUAAAAGUGGCGGUGCUGCUGGCGUCGGCGCUGCCGCCGGCAGCGGUAAUCAACAUCAUCACAAUACGCGCUUGGCGCAGAUUGCAGCGUCCACAGUUGGCAACAGUCUGACCAUGGCCACAAUGGACGCCAAGUUGGGGCAUGGACACGGCCUGAAGGGGCAGCAACAGCUCUACAAGAAGAUGUUGACGCACAGGGGUCACCAUCAUCACGUGUUGUGCGCCGGCAACAACGCGAAUCACACUUGCUGCCUCGUCACUGGCUGCAACGGCAGCGUCGGCAGCGGCGCCGGCAAAGAUACGCAAAGCAACAAGGACACAAGUUCGCUGAGUGGCAACAGCAGCAUCAUUUCGGGCAGCGCUGCAGCAGCGGCUGCGGCCAAUGCAGUGCAUUAUUGUUGCGGACGCUCCAAGUUCUUUUUGCCAGAGAAGCGAUUGCGCAAAGAGGUGAUUGUGCCACCCACCAAGUUUCUACUGGGCGGAAACAUUUCGGAUCCGCUCAAUCUGAAUUCGCUGCAACAUGAGAACACGUCGAAUGCAUCGUCGAGCAACAAUACGCCGGCGACGACGCCGCGUCAGUCGCCGAUAACGACGCCGCCGAAAGUGGAGGUGAUAAUACCGCCGAAUAUUCAUGAUCCGUUGCAUUUGCUGGAUCCGGUGGAUUCCAUGGAGUAUGAGAAGCAGCUGACGUCACCGAUGAAGCGGGGUGGCAUGUUGACACGCGGCAGCCACUUGAAGCAGCAGCAGCAGCAACAACAGCCGCAUCAUCGUCAGCAUCGAACGCGCAAGAAUCGCAAGCGUCGACGUUUCGAUUCCAAUAAUACAUCGUAUGGCGGCGACGAUGUCGCUGCUGGCGUUGACGGCAUCGCUGAGACGUCAACGCUUUCGAUUUCACUGGACGAUGUGCCAACAGCAGCAGCAACUGUUGCAGUAGCAGCGGUAGCAGCAGCAGCAGAGCUGGCAACUGGCACAACAACAGCAACAGCCACAGCAGCCGAAGGAACAGCAGCAGCAGCACUAAAACCAACAACAACAACAACUACAGCAGCAGCAUCGCCAGUGGCUGCAUUGAGCGCAACUCUGCUGAGCGAGGCAGCAGCGUCGGCUUCAGUUGAAACAAUGGAAUUGACACAACAGCAGGCGCAUGUGCGCUCUCGCUCUCCGCAAGCAGCGGCUACUGCAAUGGAGGAGACAACAACGCCAGCGCUCGCAGCCGGCGCUCAAACGCUCUCACCACUGGAACAAAUGGAAUGCAACAAUGUGAGGGCGACAGUGGCGUCGCUGUCACCACUACAAGCACAGCAGCAACAUGUGGCCACAGUUGCCGAGCCACCAAACAGCGCCAACAACACCAAUAUGCAGGCAACAGCAGCAGCUGCUGCUACUGCUGCUGCAGCAGUUGGCAGUAGCAGCGCUGCCGAUUUGGUGCUCGGCGCAGCGACAUCCGCAUCGACGUCGGCAGCAACGCUGGCCGUGGCGUCGACGCUGGCUGAUCGGCGUGCGCUGGCUAGCCGCGAUUUACGCUUAGAUUUGGACAGCACGUGCUACGGUGUUGGUGGAACGGGUCUGAGCUUUGCUGCUAGCAGCGCAGCCAGCACUAGCAGCGGUGGCAGCAGAAAACGUAAAACAAGUGAGAGCAAUAACUCGCAAAAGAGUAAGAAAUUCCAUCGACACGAUGCCAUGGAUAAAAUUGUGAGUCCGGUGGUGCCACAGCCGGGGGCAUGGAAGCGUCCGCCUCGCAUAUUGCAACCGAUGGGUGCACGCAAACCGAACACGCGACGCUCGACUUCGUUCAGUGAAACGGAACUGUUGAGUCCUGUCGAGGAGUUGCCACCUAAACCGUUGCCAGUAAUUGAAGUUGUGGAGAUACCUCGUGAUGAUACGCCGGAUCUGUCGGAGCAUGGCCUUGGCAGUCCAUUGAGCGCCAUUUCCGCAGCCACUUCCCACACAGCCGGAGAACCGGAAGUGCUCACAGCGGAUGAGGCAACAACAGCAGUAGCAGUAGCAACAACAACAACAACAGCAGCUGUAGAACAACCUGUGGUUGGACUAAUGCUGGAACCAGCAUUAAUUCCACCACUUGGCCAAAAGUUGCCCAAAUUUCGUGCAGAUGGAUUGAAGUAUCGAUAUGGCAACUUUGAUCGCUAUGUGGAUUUUCGUCAAUUGAACGAAUUUCGUGAUGUGCGAUUGCAAGUCUUCGAGCGACACUCGGAGCUGUUUGAGAACAAGGAUAUACUCGAUAUUGGCUGCAAUGUGGGUCACAUGACCAUCACAGUGGCGCGACAUUUGGCGCCCAAAAGCAUUUUGGGCAUCGAUAUCGAUCGGGAGCUUGUGGCACGUGCCCGUCGCAAUCUGUCCAUCUUUGUGCGCAUACCGAAAGAGGAGCCGAAGCUGGAGCCAAAGUUGGAGCUGGGCUUGCCACCGUUGCUACAGUCUACACCCGAUAAAAUGGAGCAAAGCGAUAGUAAUGCCCAUAAGAAGACGCGACGUGGCAAAAAGCGACGCAAGGCACAACUGCAACAACAACAGCAACAACAACAGCAGCAGCUGGCACUGCAUACGCAUCUCCAUCAUUCUCAUCUUCAUCCUCAUCCCCAUCAUCAUCAUCAUCAUCAUAAUCACCAUCAUCAUCAUCACCAUCAUCAUCAUAGCCAUCAGCAUCAUUUGGAUAUGCAGCAACAGCAGAAACUUGAUGCACUUUUGGUUAAACCACACGAAUUCUUUCCCAUCUCGUUUCCGCUCACAUAUGGCGGUAUACCCCACCUACAGCCACCCACCUCGGCCAAAUCGCCAGCGAAUCCAUUGACCAAAAAUCAAUUCCCGCAAAAUGUAUUCUUUCGUCAAACGAACUAUGUACUCAAGGAUGAGUCUCUCAUGUCAAAUGAUACACAACAGUACGAUCUCAUAUUGUGUCUAUCUGUCACCAAAUGGAUGCAUCUCAAUUUCGGUGAUGCUGGCCUCAAAUUGGCCUUUAAACGCAUCUUUAAUCAGUUGCGACCCGGUGGCAAGCUCAUACUCGAGGCACAGAAUUGGGCUAGCUAUAAAAAGAAAAAGAAUCUAACGCCGGAAAUCUACAACAAUUACAAGCAAAUCGAAUUCUUUCCUCAUAAAUUUCACGAGUAUUUGCUCAGCUCGGAGGUGGGAUUCAGUCAUAGUUAUACUCUGGGCGUGCCAAGGCAUAUGAGCAAGGGUUUCUGUCGACCCAUACAGCUGUACGCCAAAGGCGACUACACACCGAAUCAUGUACGCUGGAGCGAUGCAUAUUAUCCGCAGACGCCGUAUGAGGCAUAUCGUGGUAUCUAUGCCACAUUGCCGGCUCAUCGCACGGGCGGUGGGAGUAGCAGUGCGGGGGGGAGUCACGGUGGCCAUGCCCAGCAUUUGCAUCUAUUGAGCAGCUCGACACGUUCACAGAACUAUGAUACGCCCCACUAUGCGGGCAGUGCCUCGGGCUCGGCAAGCUGCAGGCAGACACCGAUGUAUCAGCAUACAUAUAAUCCCCUGGAGACGGACUCGUAUCAGCCCAGCUAUGACAUGGAGUAUCUGAAUCAUAUGUAUGUCUUUGCAUCGCCAUUAUAUCAGACGGUGUGGUCACCGCCGGCUUCGUUGAGGAAGAGUUCAUCGCAUACGCCAGUGUUUGGCAGUGUGAGGGAAGCGGAACUGGAUGGAGAUGGGAGUAUUGGUGGUGGGGGCAGCGGAGGUGGCAGCUAUCAUCGUCAUGUCUAUCCGCCGAAUGAUGACACCUGUUCACCAAAUGCGAAUGCUUGCAAUGCUUUUAAUUCCAUACGCGAUGCAGAUACGGAUGAUUCAAAUCAAUUGCCAGGCGGCAGCAGGCGACAUGUUUAUGCCACCAACUGUGGCGAGAGCUCAUCAUCGCCGCAGGUGAAUCAUCACGAGGCGGCAGCUGAAUUUGUCGAUGCACUCAUGGAUGAUGAACAGAAGACGUUGGCUGCGGGCAGCGGCGCCGCAUACUGUGAUCUCUCGGAUGCAUAGACUGGAGCUGACAGCGGCUGGAAUUUAAAUGUGUCAAAAAGAAACUUUUAAAAAUAAUACAAAAUAUAUAUACAUCAAAAUAUAAAAAGCAAAAAAAAAAAAGAAAACGAAAAUUGUAAUAUAAGAUCUGUUUCAUAAGCAAUUUAAAUGAUUUAUCAAAAGUCGAUAACAAUUUGUGGGAUGCAACAGAUCUUUGAUAGACAUGUAAAAUGUAUAACGCAAACGAGACGCUUAUGAUUUUUGUAAUAAUGAACUUGCAUAUAUAUUUUUUAUAUGUAGUAGUUUAAUGGAAGUACACACAAUACAUAUAUAUACAUCUAUAUAUAUUUACAGUAGCCUUUAUAUAGAAAUUAGCUUUCACUUGCGCUUAAUAAUGAAUUUUCUUUUAUACUACUGAUUUAUUCUCUUGUUGGCAGUUCAAAUCUAUAUUUAAGUUAAAUGUAAAUUACAGUUCUUUAAGCAAUACACAUUUACACCUACACACACCCACACAUACAGAGAAUAUUCUGUAGCUUUAUAAGCAAUUUAUAUGUGCUAUAUAUAUAGAAUAUUUGCAUAUACAUAUAUAUAAUAAUUAUAUUGAAACUCAAAAUGAAAACCGCAACUAUUUUUGAUUAACAUAUUUGGAAAACGCUGCAAGGGAUCGCUGUAAAAUGUUAACGAAACACAUGACAGAAAAACCAUUCAAAA